CCCUGUCUGUUGUCCUCCAAGGUUGUGCAGAUCUCGCGUGUACAGUACACAAUAUGUCUCUGGAUCUCUCACACUGACAUGCAUUUGAAGAGAUUCGUCGUUGCGAUUCUAUUUCUCAGUAGUGUUACCUUCAUCAUCGUAUGGCAACACUACCCAACGUCUCAACGGCUAAAAAUCAAGAACAAACGAGAGAAAUCAGAGAAACGCCCAACACCAGAGGAAACCAGCAACUCUCAAUCGAACGAGAAUCAACAUGUAGAGCAAGUGGGGAAGAGGAAAGUACAAAAUUCUACACGAAGCAGACCUCACAUUCUGUUUAUCGUAGCUGACGACAUGGGCUGGCAUGAUGUCGGUUACCAUGGCAGCGAGAUACACACACCACAAUUGGACAAGCUGGCACGUGAAGGACUUAUUCUAAAUCGCAGUUAUGUUCAUCCCAGCUGUUCUCCCACCAGAAGUGCUUUUCUAUCCGGUCGUCUACCUUACCGCAUAGGAAUGCAACGACGAGUUAUACCGUUUGAUCGGUCGUACGGCCUACCACUGAAUGUAACUACGAUUGCUCAGCAGCUUAAAUCUGCUGGAUAUUCUACUCACAUUGUGGGCAAAUGGCAUCAAGGUUUUUGCAAUGUUGCAUACACGCCAACUGAAAGAGGAUUUGAUACUCAUUUUGGGUUUUACGUUGGAUCCGAGCAUUACUUUACACACAAAGUGUCACAGAAACUGAAAGAUGGGCGGAUGGUUGACGGUUUUGAUUUUCGUAACAACAGCAAGGUUGUGUGGAACAUGAAAGACGUCUACUCCACACAUGCAUUUGCUGAUGAAACAAAACGAAUCGUUUCUCAGCAUAACUCAGGCAAACCACUUUUCAUCUAUCUUCCGUUUCAGGCUGUCCACGGUCCACUGGAAGUGCCUAGACAAUAUCUGAAACAAUAUGGAAAUAUUCUUGAUAGAGACAGACGAGUUUAUGCUGGCAUGAUGACGGCUAUGGAUACGGCAAUAGGAAAAGUAAUAGCGGCAUUUAAAACGAGAAAUUUCUGGGAGAACACGUUGACGGUGUUCACAACAGACAAUGGUGGACAUAAUAGACGUGGAGCUAACAAUUACCCACUACGGGGUAUCAAAGGUUCAGUAUGGGAAGGAGGCACGAGAGGUGCCGCUUUCGUUCACGGCACUAUGCUUCACAAUGCAGGACAAGUGAGCAACGAGUUGAUCCAUGAUGUCGAUUGGUAUCCCACAUUCAUGGAAGCGGCCGGAAUGAAGAGUAUAGAAAGUGAAAUCGAUGGCAUUAGCAUGUGGAAGAUGCUGUCACAAGGAGAGAGGAGCAGACGACAGGAAAUAGUGUAUAGAAUUGAUAACACCUCACCCAUAGGAAUGGCAAGCAUUCGUAUCAAUCAGUGGAAACUUAUUGCAUCGGGUGACUCCAAAAUUCCAUGGUGGCUCUCCAUAUCUGGUGACAAUGCGGUCGUAUUGAGUGAGAAGGAUGUAAGAGAGGAGCCACCUCGAGUGAAUGUAGCAUAUCUUUUCGAUGUGGAUGCUGACCCAACAGAAAGGAUCAAUUUAGCGCGAGAGAGGAGAGACAUUUUGGAAAUGAUGAAGGCACGUUUGGCACAACUCAUGCCGUCAUACGUUGAUCCGUUGUAUAACUUACACGGACGCACAACAAAAUGUGACCCAGCAAACUUUGGGGGCGUGUGGAGUCCUGGAUGGUGUUGAGAGUUUUAAGAUUUCUGCUGUUAUUGCUAUGUUUGUGCUGUUUUUAGUUGCGUUGUGUGUGUGUGUGUGUGUGUGUGUGUGUGUGUGUGUGUGUGUGUGUGUGUGUGUGUGUGUGUGUGGUGUGUGUGUGUGCGUGUGUGCGUGUGCGUGUGCGUGUGUGUGUGUGCGCGUGUGUGUGUGUGUGUGUGUGUGUGUGUGUGUGCGCGUGUGUGUGUGUGUGUGUGUGUGCGCGCGCGUGUGUGUGUGUGUGUGUGUGUGUGAAUACAUUGAUUGUAUCAAUCAGUCAUCAUUCAUUUACUUUAAUACCAAAACGCCAACGUAGAUAAUCGAAAA